AGAGCGCACCGCAAGCGGACGCGAGUUGCGACCAGCGGUGACGGCUGCCCCGACAUACGCGAUCAACUCCCAGUGACACGUGCUCAGUGCUCGAGUGUUGUGAACAGUGCGGAGUGGACGUGGGUUGAGGGUUCUGAGUGACUCUAGAAACUGACUUGUUGGGUUCAAGCCGAUUGGAGAUGACUUGAUCGUCGAUGAUUCGAACCGCUCUUCGUUGUAUGCGGUCAAAUGGAAGAAGCUGGUACUGGGGAGCACCCGCCCAGAGAUCGCAAGCCUUCAGUAACCAGCCGUAACUCUCACCUCGCCUACGAAAGUCUAAGACAUUAGUGUCGCCGACACUCAUCACGACAUUGGCAACACUUGAACUGCAGGCGCCGACGACGAUGCGUGGCGCCGCAGCUGCGACGGGCGCGGGGAGCGCGGGGGACGCCCGCUAGGAUGCGACAUGAACGGCUCGGCCGCGCUCGAGUGCUACACGGAGCUGGGGGUGUCUCCGGGAGACAAGGCGUUCCGGUUCGUGGUGCACGGCGUGUUGUUGAACGGCAUCGGCGCCGCGGGGCUGCUGGGCAACGCCCUAGCCGUGCUGGUGCUGUCGCGGCCGCAGAUGCGCUCCUCCAUCAAUUGCCUGCUGGUGGGGCUAGCAGCCUGCGACACACUCCUCAUCCUCACCUCGCUGCUGCUGUUCGGACUCACGGCAGUCUACCCCUACACCGGCCACCUGCGCUACUACUACUACCACAUCUGCCCCCACAUCACGCCCUACGUGUACCCGCUGGCGAACGCCGCGCAGACCAUGUCGGUUUACCUGACGCUGAUCGUGACGGUGGAGCGCUGGGUCGCCGUGUGCCAUCCUUUCCGCGCCAAGUCGCUGUGCACGUCGUCGAGGGCGCGUUGGUACGUGCUGGGCACGGCGCUGUUCGCGCUAGUAUACAACGCGCCGAAGCUGUUCGAGGCCGAGGUGGUGGCCGAGGGUGCGCCGGGUGGCGAGGUGGUGUACUGCGUGCAGGCCGACAUGAGCUUCCGCACGGACACGUACGUUGCGAUCUACAUCCACUGGAUGUACCUGCUGGUUAUGUACAUCGUGCCGUUCUCCGCACUGGCGGCGCUAAACGCCUGCAUCGUGCGCCAGGUGCGGCGCGCACAGGCGGAGCGUGCCCGCCUGUCGCGUGUUCAGCGCCGCGAGUUGGGUCUGGCCACCAUGCUGCUCGUCGUAGUGCUCGUUUUCUUCAUCUGCAACCUGCUGCCGCUUGUCACCAACGCGUUCGAGGUGUUCCUCGGCGACGAGUUCGAUCACCUCGACCCGCUCGUCAAGACUAGCAACUUGAUGGUGACCAUCAACAGUAGCGUCAACUUCUUGAUAUAUGUCAUAUUCGGAGAGAAGUUCAAGCGGGUGUUCCUGAAGAUGUUCUGCGCGGGUCGGGUGCGCCGUGGCUGGACGCGCGGUUCGCCCGACCAGACGCGCGAUGACUCGUUCGCGUCGUGCGGCGAGCGCAUGUCUCUUCGCCUGGUGCGAGACGGCACGUUGCGGCGGUCGGACGCGCGUCCCAACCGCACCCGCCCGCGCGUCCCGCCCGCUCCCGCGCCCACUGUGUACUACCCCGCACCCCCCACCCCCUCCACCGACGUGUCCGUAACAUCGCUGGCGCCGGACGUCGCACACCACGUCGCCAAUGGUAACUCUCGGAUACACUUCUGACGAAGGCAGAACAUUGUGUAGGUGUGAACCUUUUGCUCGAAUGUCGAAAGUUUUUUCCGCGGCUUUCAGUAGAGUGAACUAUUCGAUAUCGCCACUUAAAGAAAGACGGAUUUUGGACUCCUUAUAAAUCAGCUUGGCCUUAAAGCCCACACAAUACGCGGGUAACGGUAUAUGGUUCCCGUGGUGUCGCACGGGAGUGUCGUCGGUACUGAAUGCAUCAAACGUAAGUCGGUUUUUUAUCCCCUUACAUAAAUAAAUAUUGUAUCGACGGUAUUGGUUGAUAGUAAUAGUAAUUGUUUCGCAGGGCACAUAAUCUUUUUAUAUUUUCGGUUUUUUUUAAUCCAAUUUAUAAUUCUCUAUUUUCUUUAUACUUGUAAGAGUUGAUUUUUUUAUAAAUAAUGCAAAGUAUCGAUGGAUUGGCGAUAAUAUUUCACGUACGGACAGUACCGACGUGUUGAGUGCGGGCGAUUCACUCUACUAUUAGCCAGGUAAAAGAUCAGUUCUGCAAGGAAACACGUUUGUAACAGGGCUUGCGAAGGUCUGUGGUGACAGAUGACCUUACAUGGUCUUGUUUAAAAGACACUACUUUACUACGUGUAGAAGAAUUGGACGGAUCAUUUUUGUAACUUUUACGAAUUAUGAUUUUGACUGUAAGACGUGUUGGUGAAAUAUAAAGUCGCGUCAUCACCAUUCUGUUUAACUUGUAGAUUGCGUUGCAAUGUCCGGGAAAUAAUCGUCUCUAUUGUUCUACUUACAAGUUUAAAACAAUGAAUGUGUAUGAAAGUGAAUGAUAGUAUUUUCUUUGAUUUACGCAAAUGUGACACAUUUAAAUAAAACACUUUAACGUGUUUUGCGUAAAAGGUUACAUUUUUUAUUAUUAUUUUAGUUCACCCGACAUUUCAAGACCUUUCCAGAUCUCGUUUUCAAGGGGGACUUCGGAUGAAAUGAGCCAAGAUAGUAUUUGUCAAAGGUAGUUGUAAUUAUGAAGUUUUGCGCCAUAUAUUGCCUCGAAGGUGGUAUUUGCUGUAGACAGAUAGUUUUUGGCAAAAACCAUCUGCUAAACUUCAUAAUACUACCUAACAAAUACUAUCUUGAGUCAUUACAUCUGAAGUCGUCUUUAAAACGAACGAGAUCUGGAAAGGUCUUGAAAUGUCGGGUUACAUAAAUAAAAUAGUAUUAAAAUUGAAACUCAAAAAUCGAAUGUAAAAUCAAAUUUACAAUUAUACGCGAUUUUACCCUUUAUAAAGUAUUUUUAUUUAAAAGUGAAUCUCCUUGUUCAAGUUGGUCCAUGUAAAACGUUUCUGUAUCGUGAGUAACAUUUGUAGUUACUGGGGGUGUCUCCGGGAGACAAGGCGUUCCGGUUCGUGGUGCACGGCGUGUUGUUGAACGGCAUCCGCGCCGCGGGGCUGCUGGGCAACGCCCUAGCCGUGCUGGUGCUGUCGCGGCCGCAGAUGCGCUCCUCCAUCAAUUGCCUGCUGGUGGGGCUAGCAAUAACAAUCAGGUUUACCGAAAGUAAACCUGAUUGUAGAUUGUUCAUAAGAAUCGGUAGUAAAUCCAACAAUUGCUCUUUUAACAAAUAUAUAAACUUAAUACAAAAGUCUUAGAUUAUUAAGGAUUGGUCUCCGCUGCACUCAAGUCAACUUACACUACGCCCAAGUGGGUACUCGAGCCAGUUUCGAGCAAUGUGUGACAUUAAUGUGCCACAUGUUCUGUUAAACUUUACUACUAAUUGAAGCAAAUAUUUUCGUACUAAAACUUUAUAAAAAUAAUAAAUACUACAAAAAAUAAGAAAGACACUGCGAUCACAUAUCAUCAAUAAGUAUUUUGUAUUUUAUUCAAAUAUUCAAAUUCAAAUAUUUUUAUUCAAAAUAGGAUGUGACUAAUAAGUGAUUUAUUGAAAGUCAAAAACUACCAUCCAUUCCAAAAUUAAUGCAUCAGACCUGAGAAGAACAGGCGCAACAAACUCAGCGGGCUUUUUUUCAUCGAAAAAUAUGCUUACAAAGUAAUAUUGUACAAUUAAACUUAAAUUUAUUUAAUAGCCUAAGGGCGGUCACUCCAUUCCCAAUCUGUGGUAUCAUUAAGAAAGUAAUUUAUGUUAUAGUAACCUUUACUGCACAAACGUUUUUUAACAAUUCUUUUGAAUAAUUUCAAUGUAAAAUAACACGAAGCGUAUGUUACAAAAUUUGAAAAAUGCCAUUGAGUGUCAAAUGCACACAAAUAUCUAAGGCAGUGCGAUAUCCAUGACCAAUCCUUAAUCUGUGUCUACUUUUGGACUUAAAGACUUAAGAAUAUUAUAUUAUAGAAAAUACCGUAAUAAUGACAUGAUAUUUGUAUAUAAUGUUGUACAUAGUAUUUAGAUAUACAAUAGGGGUAAAGACAAGUCGAGAAACAGCGGGCGUCGUGUUACGUAGUGACACUCACCGCUCGAGACAGUCCGAGCUGAGAACACGAGCGUCACAUUGAGUAUUGAUUGUUAAUUGUAGUUAGAUAAGCUAUGACAUUAUAUUAUUAGUUGUAGUUUAAGAAACUAUGUAAGUUUAUUAUGUUAUAAUUUAUUGAUUAUUGAUAAAUAUCUACAUGUUCGACAUGAUAUUUAAAUAUAAACCUAUUGAUGUA